AUGGGUGAUUGUCUAAACCAGAAAAACAACCUGCUGCUCCAUCUGCUAGCUGUUCCCAUCAUCAUCAUCAUCAUCAUCAUCAUCCUUGAACAGCAACCAGUAACAACUACACAGUUAUUUAAAAAGCAAAACAGAUUGCUGCACUUCUGGCUGGACUCCAGGGAAAUUGGUUUCCAUGCCUGCCUCACUCAGAUGUUCUUUGUCCAUGCCUUCUCAUUGGUGGAGUCGGGCGUUCUCAUGGCCUUGGCGCUGGACCGCUACAUUGCUAUCUGCUACCCACUCUGGCACUCCAGCACCCUCUCCAUCCCAGUGACAAUGGCAAUAGGAAGCCUAGUGCUGACACGUGGGGUCCUCUUGGUGAGCCCCUUCUGCAUCCUCGCCAGCCGGCUUCCCUUCUGCGGGCACCGCCUCAUCUCCCACUCCUACUGCAAGCACAUGGGCGUGGUAAAGCUUAUGUGUGGGAAUGUCAGAGCCAACAUCAUAUAUGGCCUAUUUGUGGCUUUCAUGGUGGUGGGCUUUGAUGUGCUUGUGAUCCUUGUGUCCUAUUCCAUGAUCUUGUGGACAGUCAUGAGGCUCCCAUCCACUGAGGCCCGUCUCAAAGCUGUCAGCACCUGUGCUUCCCACACUUGUGUCAUCCUGGUGUUCUAUGUCCCAGCCCUCUUCACCUUCCUCACCCACCGCUUUGGCCACCACAUACCACACCACCUUGACAUCAUGGUGGCUAAUCUCUAUCUCCUGGUACCCCCCAUGCUGAACCCCAUUGUGUAUGGGAUAAGAACCAGGCAGAUCCAGGGCAGGGUGAUCCGUCUGUUCCAGCUGAGAGGGAUUUGA